CAUUCAGUCAGACUAAAUGGAAAAUGUCUGGGGGUGGAAAAAAAUAUGGUAAAAGGUGAAUGUCUGCCCCAGUCUUGGUCCUGCAGUCUCUAACGGGGUUUAAUUCAUCAGCUGACCGGUUUCACUAUACCUACUCCGGGACAAAAAUUUUAAAUUAUGCAACAUUUUUCAUGUACUUCACAAUUCUGAACUACUUUCAGAUGAUCUCGCAUAAAAUUCAAUGCGUGAAAGCUCAGCGUGACUGAAUACUUCCAAGUCGGUUUUGCCAAAAAUGUAGAACUGUAAAAUAGUUGGGUUUUUUCCCCUUUAAAUUGUUGAAAUAUAGAAAACGCAUUAAUUUAAUUUUGCGAACAACUGGCAUUUGCGCUUACUGACGGACCUUUUUCAGUGCCAACAAAAUAGUUUUAUUUUGCAGUUGAAUAUGAAUCAUGUUUUACUUCAAACACAAUGCAGAAAAAGAAGAUUUUCCUCCUCUGCGUCCUGAUCAGUGAUCUAAUCACCUCUGCAGCGGGAGGCCAGGCAUCAUCUGCCCAAGAACUACUUCAUUAGUAGCGUAUGACCUGAGAUGAAAAGAUGAUUGCAAUCAAGAAUGGCAUUUUCACUGCGUGGACGUGUCGCAUGGCCGAAGCACGAGCGGAACCGAGCGCGCGCUCGGUACCCAACUCCCUCCACCACUACAAACACAGCGGCACAUAACCAUCCAUCCAGCUUCAACAGCUGGAGGGAGGCGGAGGGUGACCUGCGAGGACGCGCCUCUCUCCUCUCCCUCUCCUCUCCCUCUCUUUCUGCGCUGCUGAUCCGUGCGCGUUCCCGAGACGGCGGCAGGCUUUCUGGGAGCUGUGAGAACAGACGAGCGGCUGCGGGGGAGAGAGAAAGAUGGAGGUGAGGGUCGGGGAGAGACUCAUGUGGCUGGCCGUGCUGUCCACUGUCCUCUGCGUGGAUUCGGUCUUCGGAAAAUACGUCAAAGGCAUCGUCAACACCAAAGAGGACUGGGUUUUCCUCACACGUUUCUGCUUCCUCACAGAGUUUGGUCGGCUGGACUUUAAGUUUCGUUACUCAAAGUCGCGCUGCUGUCAGAACAUUCUGCUCUACUUUGAUGACAGCUCUCAGUGGCCAGCUGUGUACAAGAAGCCAGAGAAGAACUGCUAUGAGAAGGAAGCAGUGCUGAGGCCUGAAAACAACCAGGUCAUCAAUCUCACUACCCGCUACACCUGGUCAGGAUGUGCGGUGGAGGACGACACCAAUGAGGAGGUUCUGAGCUGCGUGGGAGGUCGCAGUUUCCGCUCAGUGAGAGAGAGGUGGUGGUACAUCGCUCUGAGCAAGUGUGGGGGCGAUGGCUUGCAGCUGGAGUACGAGAUGAAGCUGACCAAUGGCCAGUCUUUCUGGACGCAGCAUUUUUCUGCAGAUGAGUUCGGAAUUUUGGAGACAGACAUCACUUUCCUGGUCAUCUUCACGUUAGUGUUCCUCCUCUCCUGCUACUUUGCAUACAAUCUGAAGGGGAGACAGCUUCUUCACACAACCUACAAAAUGUUUAUGACAGCAGCAGGUGUGGAGGUUCUCAGCCUAAUGUUCCAUUGUGUCUACUGGGGCCUGUAUGCCAGGGAUGGAGUUGGCAACGGCAGCCUGAAGAUACUCGGGAAAUUACUGUUCUCCGUCAGUUUCUUGGUGUUCCUUCUGAUGCUCAUACUGUUGGGUAAAGGUUUCACCGUCACCAGGGCGAGGAUCAGCCACAGUGGCUCUGUUAAGCUGAGCAUCUACAUGACAGUCUACACAAUCACCUAUGUUAUCCUCUUCAUCUAUGAAGCAGAGUUCUUUGACCCAGGUGAGGUGCUUUACGCCUAUGACAGCCCCGCAGGCUACGGCCUGAUGGGCCUGCAGCUGGUCGCUUAUGUGUGGUUCUGCUACGCCGUGCUGGUCUCACUGAAACACUAUCCUGAAAAACAGCCCUUCUACGUCCCUUUCUUCACCACAUACACUCUAUGGUUUUUCGCUGUGCCUGUGAUGGCUCUGAUUGCCAACUUCGGGAUUCCUCGAUGGGCUCGGGAGAAGAUUGUGAACGGCAUUCAGCUCGGCAUCCACCUCUACGCUCACAUCGUUUUCCUUGUCAUUACGAGACCAUCAGCAGCCAACAAGAACUUCCCGUAUCAUGUUCGGACCUCCCAGAUUGGGAUCUUGCAGUCCAGCCCCAAAGCAGGCGAGGGAGGGGAAAGUUUUCCCCACCAUGCCUAUGGGAACAGCUCCUUCCUCGGAGACUCUCAACCCAACUUCACCGAACUCUUCUCCAUCCAAUCAGAUCCGGUGAAAACCGUGGAAGAGACUGUUGCUCGUAAAGGACCCGAUGUGCCGAGGAACAGCGAACAAAAGAUUAUUACCACUGCUGCAGACUUAACCAUGAUAUUGCCCCCACCUCCACCUCCGAUACCCCCACGCCCCGCCUCCCGCUCUCCUCCAAUACCCCCUCGACUUUCAUCCUUCACAGAGUACUUCAGCAUGCAGAGUGGCGGUGGAGGAGGCUUUGGGACGAAGGCAUGAAGUGGAUGAGGAAGGGGGAAAGACUGUGGCAGAAAGGAUGAAGGCUACAGACUGAAUUUACAAAGCUGGUGGGAGAGAAAAAGGUCAUCCUAAAUAACAGAAGAAUUAUAGAUGAAGGGACAUACAUGAAAAGUCAUCAGAAAAGUAAAUCCCUAAAUGGUCCUUUUAACUUGGAAAUGGAAAUGACCUGUAUGAAGAAGAUAGGGGGGAUGGCUAAGACGCAAAUGCUGAGGUUGUAAAAGAAUAAAGAAGCAAUAAAUAUUUGAUGCUGACCAGUUGAAGGCACACGGGAGAAAGAUGACAAAGUGGAUGUAGCCAGAGCAAUAGAAUGAUUGCUGUGCACAAUGUGGAAAUGAACAAAAUUCUUGAAAUACUUUUAUUCAAAAAUUCAUGAGGAUUUGAUGGUGUGCCUGGAGGAGUUUGUAAAUAGCUAAAACUGUUGAGAGCAACAAUUAUGUAUAGUUUUAUUUCAAAAUACGAGAUUAAUUCAUGUUCUCUUUCCCCUAAACAUGACAUUCCAGUUGGUGCUUCGACCACAGAGAAAUCCCAUGCCAUUAUGUUUAAAAUUCCUUUAAAAAAAAUUAAAUAAAAUAAACUUUUUUAUGUUCAAGACAUUUUUGAUAAAACUUAGAUAUAUUUAUGGUAUAUGGAGUUUGUUGUGUUUAUUUAUAUUCUUACUGUAUAAGCCUUCAUUGGAGCUGGUUUAUCUGGAUCAAUAUACUGAUGUGUAACUGUAAAUUGUCACAUUUAGUCUGGGCACCCCGAAGUACAGUACUCGUAAAACAUGCAUGUUUGUGUUGUAUUUUCCGUCCGAAAAGCAGAUAUAUGUGCUCCGUGUGACCAUAGAAUGUUCGCUUAUUGUGUGUGUUGAAAUCCACACUUUUGUAAAUACAUACAAUAGGCUGCAAUAUGUUAUUUUUUUUUACUGCAAAAUCUUUGUUAAUUACUAUUCAAAUCAAAGCUGUCUUGCAGUAUUUUUAAAUAUAAGUAGAAGGAGGCAUGGGCUGGUAUGAUAUUCUGAGUUCUGGUAACUUUAAGGUAAAAAUCACAGUUUCCCAACAUAUUUUGAAAUGUUUAAACUUAAUAUUUAAAAUUACAGAGACUGCAAUCAGAGAUUCAUGGAUCAUUUCUGAUUUUGUAAACAUCCAACAUGCUGUUAAUAACUUUUGGCAUAUUCCAUAUUUUCUGGAUAAUUGCAACAGUAUUAAAAAUCUACUUGUUUUUGCAAUUUUGCCAUGAUCGGGUAUGUAAAGUAAGAAAGUAAUGUCUGUCUGUUAUUUUAAAACUAAAACAUAAUUUCUGAGCUGUUAUUUUGAGCAAUCUUUAGCCACCUUUAUUAAUAUUUAGCACAGUUAGGAUUGGUAACGAUUAAUAACUGGAAACACUGAUUGUACUCUCCAGUUUGUAUCUUUACAAUUUCACACUCCAAUGUCAUAACCAUCUACCAAACAAUUGGAUCUUUUUCUUUAGGUUGUUAAAUAACUUUGUAGCUUUGAUAAUUUGUGGAGAUCAAUGGUUAUAAUAAGAUGUGAAGUACCUGUUCGUAAACUUCCUUACCAUAGAGUGUUGUUACACCACUGGUCAGCAAAAGAUAAUUUUUUUUUCUCUGGUUGUUCAAUAAUCUGAGCCGGUUGAGCUGAAAAUCAUCCGUGUUUGCUCAUCAGACGACUUGUCUGUUCAUGUCUUUUUAACACAUUUUCUAAUUGUUUUCAUUUUAAAAACUGAUCUAAAACUGCUUUUACCACUGAUACCAGAAAACCUAAUACACUACUUCUCAUA